GGGGAGCUGGAACUUCCCGGGAGGGGCGCUCUCUCGUCCCCACCCCGCCCCCCGGCCAGGUGUCAGCCAGGCCGGGCUCUGGGGACCAGGUGCAGACUGGUGGCUCCUGGCCUCGGCGCCCUGCACGGCCUGAGGCCCCGCCAUGGCCCAGCAGAGAGCCCUGCCACAGAGCAAGGAGACGCUGCUGCAGUCUUACAACAAGCGUCUCAAGGAUGACAUCAAGUCCAUCAUGGACAACUUCACCGAGAUCAUCAAGACCGCCAAGAUUGAGGACGAGACGCAGGUGUCGAGGGCCACUCAGGGCGAGCAGGACAAUUACGAGAUGCACGUGCGAGCCGCCAACAUCGUCCGAGCCGGCGAAUCCCUGAUGAAGCUGGUGUCCGACCUCAAGCAGUUCCUCAUCCUCAACGACUUCCCAUCGGUGAACGAGGCCAUCGACCAGCGCAACCAGCAGCUUCGGGCGCUGCAGGAGGAGUGUGACAGGAAGCUCAUCGGCCUGCGGGACGAGGUCUCCAUCGACCUGUACGAGCUGGAGGAGGAGUAUUACUCGUCCAGCUCAAGUCUUUGCGAAGCUAAUGAUCUGCCUCUAUGCGAAGCUUACUGGAGGCUGGACCUCGACACAGACUCCACUGAUGGCCUCUCGGCCCCUCUGCUGGCAUCCCCAGAGCCCAGCGCUGGCCCCCUGCAGGCUGCAGCCCCUGCCCACUCCCAUGCUGGCGGCCCCGGCCCCACGGAGCAUGCCUGAGCCUCCCAGCGUUCCCUCCCUGGGCCCCUAAGAUCUUAGGAAUGAAAUCCAGUGUUCCUCUCUGGGCCGCCACAGCCUCACUCCUUUCAGCCUUGCUUCCCACUUAGGGAGCCGCUAUGGUCUCCUUGAGAACUUUUCAGCCCAGGGAAGGUCCACCCAGGAGUGUUGGGGAAAAAUAGUUCCCCCAACCAAUUGCGGGGUGGCCCUCCCUACCCUCGAAUUGUCACCUCCAUUUGCUGCCUUGCUGGCCGGUUGGGUGGAAGGAAGUUUCCAGGACAGUUUGUCCUGUUGAGGACCUACCAGCAG